AUUGUUGAAAUUGUUUACAAUUUUUAUCGCACACUCUCCUCUCUGUCUAUCACACAUUCUUCUCUCUCACACACUUACACACCUUUCUCUCUCUCUCUCAAACAUUCUUCACAAACAUGGCUCUGUUUCAAUUGGCACCUGAAGAUGCAGCUAUCAGUAGAGAGCUGAUCUCGCUGCGAGCCUGCGUCAAGUUUAAAGGUUAUUUACAGUGCUUCAAGUAUGAUAUCGUACUGCAGCUCUCCAGCAUUCAAGUCGGCUGGCAAGCCAACAGUGCCGCACGCAAGUUGUUGCCCUUUGCUGACCUCAAGUUGUGCUAUAGUCCUGUCAUUGGCAUUUCAUCACUGUCGAGUUCCGGGGAUCCGGAACGACUGCCGGAGUUGCCGCCGGGCGACGAGCAGCGUUUGCAACGCGCCGCGCUCCACUUGCAACAGAAGCUCAUCCUGCGCGAAUGGCUGCGCGAGUAUCGCAUGCAACAUCACUAUCAGCGACUGUUGGCUGUUGAGGUUGCCUCAUUGGAGGACGUGUAUUGGUUGGAGGACUCGCGAGCGAGUAAAAUACUUGGCAAGGACUGGCAACUGUGGUCGACGGCGCGUCAAGGAUUGCCCACAUCGAAGGCACAGCUGGAUGCGUUGAAGGCGCAGCUGUGGUCAACGGUGGUGAAGUCGAGUCAGCAUCAGGACGCAUGGACAUGGGGUGGCAUGCUGGUGGUAUCCGUUUCCGUAGCCGGACUCGUCACACUCGCCGCCAUGACACAACCAUCACUGGCCCCGGAGGCGCGACACUCGCUGCUGCAGUAUGUGACCGGGAAGUAUCUGCUGCCCGCCAACUGUAAGGUGCAGUGGGACUGGAAGGAUCCGGUGCGUGUGGGCGACACCAUGUGCUUUGUGGUGCGCUUCUUUCAGCGCAACGGGCAGCCAUAUCCCAUCUGUGAUACGGACCAAUUCUUUGUCGAGGUCACCGAGGGCACACGCAAAGUGGUCACCAUCAGCGAGCUCGGCUCGUCCACGGAUCCCAAUAAUGCCAACAUCGCCAAGGUCAAGUUCACCGUUCGCACCGCGGGACAAUAUAAAAUCUCGGUGCUCAUUGGCGCCAGUCACAUUGCUGGUUCGCCCUUCUUGCGCAACUUUCUCCCGGGUGCAAUCGAUGCUCGCCGAUCGCGUUUCAUUCGUCCCGCCAGCACGGUGAUCUGUUGUGCCAGCGCACCGACUUUGAUGCACAUUGAGCCUAGGGAUGAGUUCGGCAACGCGUGUCUCUUUGAGCAGUCCGAUGAUGCUCUGAAGGGCUAUCAUGUGGCCAUCUAUGACCUGCAUGGUAUGGCCGUGGAGAAGCUCCAGCAUGCCAUUGCCUUCAGCUACGAUCGCGUCAACUCACGGGUCUCGGUCACCGCCUUGUUCCCGGAGCCAACCUGCCUGCGUGCUGUCAUCAGCUAUCGGGAUCAGCAACUGCCAAAUGGUGACUUCGAUAUCAUCGUGCUGAGCAAUAGCGACACGACGCUAGUGCACAAGAACAUUGCCUCACGGAAGCACAACAUUUGCUACGAGGCCAAACUGCUGAGCAUCUACGGAGCCACCAAGGGCAAACCUAGGAAGGUGAUGUGCUAUGUGGGACCGAAGCAGAACUCGUUGAUCUUUCAGGUGACGAUCAAGGAGAUGAUCUUGAAGUUCAUACCCAAACGCAUUGCGACCUUUCGACUGUGUCCCUCGACCAAAUUCCACUUUCUGCCCCAACUGGUGACGCAGUUGCAUGGUCCAGUGUUUGUCAUCGACGAUGGAGCGCAACCGAGGAUCGAGCUGGCCUCCAAGGAUCGUAACAUCAUCGCGGCAACAUUUACGCACUUUUUGCUAAAGAACAUUGGUGGCUCCGAAACGUUUAAGGACAAACAGGAUUUCUUUUAUCACGAAGUGCGUAAAUUUCAUGCCAGUUACUAUCGAAAGAUGGCAUUGAAAGUGCAUCGCGAGAAGAUCCUUGAGAGCAGCAUGAAGUCAACCAAAGGCUUCUCCGUCUCCGAUUGGUGCGGCAACUUCGAGGUCACCUUCCAAGGCGAACAGGGCAUCGAUUGGGGUGGCUUGCGACGCGAAUGGUUCGAGUUGGUCUGCAGUGCACUCUUCGAUUCUCGAAGCGGACUCUUCUGCACAUUCCACGAUAAGCAUCAGGCGCUAGUUCAUCCAAAUCCCACGCGACCAGCGCAUCUGAAGCUCAAGUACUUUGAGUUUGCCGGUAAAAUGGUGGGAAAAUGUCUCUUUGAGAGCGCACUGGGAGGCAGCUAUCGUCAGUUGGUCCGAGCUCGCUUCAGUCGCUCCUUUCUGGCCCAGCUCAUUGGACUACGAGUGCACUACAAGUACUUUGAGCAAGACGAUCCGGAUUUGUAUCUGUCCAAAAUUAAGUAUAUACUCGACACGGAUCUCGAUGGCACCGACACCUUGGAGCUGUACUUUGUGGAGGAGCUGUAUGAUGCCAGCGGUCAGCUGAGCAAGACAAUCGAGCUGAUACCCAACGGUGCCAAGACGCGUGUCACGAAUGCCAGCAAAAAUCAGUAUCUGGAUGCCUUGGCCCAACAGCGUCUCUGCAAUAGCGUCAAGGAUGAGGUGGACAGCUUUCUGAAGGGCUUGAAUGCCAUCAUACCUGAUAAUCUACUCAGCAUUUUUGACGAGAACGAACUAGAGCUACUCAUGUGCGGCACUGGCGAAUACUCGAUCAGCGACUUCAAGUCCCAUCACAUUGCCAACGGCAAUUCGGCCGAGUUCCGGCGUGUGCUCGCCUGGUUCUGGGCCGGAGUCAGUAACUUUAGUCAGACGGAGAUGGCGCGUCUCUUGCAAUUCACCACGGGUUGUUCACAGUUGCCUCCGGGCGGUUUUCAGGAGCUCAAUCCACAGUUCCAGAUCACGGCGGCACCCACGUUUGGUAAUCUGCCCACAGCGCAUACCUGCUUCAAUCAACUCUGCCUGCCUGAUUACGAGAGCUACGAACAGUUUGAGAAGUCGCUGUUGCUGGCCAUCAGCGAGGGCAGCGAGGGAUUUGGCAUGGUCUAAUAAACUCUGGAGGAUGGCUGAAAUUGAUAAUUAAUAUUAAGCGUACAAUAUUUCUAUAUACAGCAUAUACUACAAUAUAGUUUUUGAGUAGCCGCUGCAAAUUGUGUUCCUGCGCUUUCUACGUCAUAUAUUCUUAGUGCGUAUUGUAUUUGAUAAGCAUGCGUGAUGAUUAAAUUGUAAAGAGCAAAACUAGUUUUUCCAAUAAGUUUCUCUAUUUGCUUACAAGUUUACAAAUGAAAAAAUAUAUUAAAAAUGAAAAUGAAAAAGCAACCCAAACAAAAGCAAUAAUUAAACACAAAAAAUAAAAACAAAUAAAAAGUAGCUCCUAAAGCAAAAAGCAAAAGCUUAGUUUUAAACGAGUCGAAAAUGAAAACAAAGUGAAUAUAUAUCAUCAUCAAAAAGAAUGUGAUAAUUGUAUUAUAAAUGUGUAAUGCAAGUUAAUAGUAAAACAAAAACCAACUCUCUUUUAAACUAACCAAAAUGAAAAUGUAGCAGUUAAAUCAACAACUCGAACAAUUCAACUGUGUUGAAAUGCGAACAAUGAGAAUCAAUAUAUUUGUGUACUAUAGUUUAAAAUGCUUGGAGUGCUGUGUACAAAUUUCGCCACAAAGAACUAAAUUCCCCCCUCCAAAAUUAUAAAAUUCAACUCUGUAGCAUAAUACUUCGUACUAAAUAUAGUAUUAAAUAACUACAUAUAACUAAACAAGAAAUCAGAAUGUUAUAUACGCAUUUCAAGUAAAUAAAAAAAUUCGCAAAUCGAUUGAUAGCAAUAUUGAGGAAUAUUUAGCAGACCGCGAUUCCAGUCAAAAAUAUCGUAUUAUAAAUUAAAGAAAAUGGUAGUUUUAAAACUGUUGUUGAAAGCACAUUGCUAACUCAAUAAAUUAUUGUAAAUCAUAAGUUAUAGUAACUGGAAUGUAGUUGUUGCAUUGGGAACACCGAAUCAAAAUGGUCAAGAUCUCAAAAUAAAGA